ACUAGUAUGUACUUGGGAUUAUCGUUGGAGUCAUCUCCGGAAAAGCCCUUUCUCUCUGCCACUUCCCCCAACAAAUCCCUCAAGCUUCUAGAGAGAGAAAGCUACUAAGCCACCAUCCAUGUCGGACGAGGAGCACCACUUCGAGUCGAAAGCGGAUGCCGGCGCCUCCAAGACCUACCCUCAGCAAGCUGGAACCAUCCGCAAGAAUGGCUACAUAGUCAUCAAAGGUCGCCCUUGCAAGGUUGUUGAAGUCUCCACCUCCAAAACUGGCAAGCACGGGCACGCAAAGUGUCACUUUGUGGCAAUUGACAUCUUCAAUGGGAAGAAGCUCGAGGAUAUUGUUCCUUCCUCUCACAAUUGUGAUGUGCCUCAUGUUAGUCGCACCGACUACCAGCUGAUUGACAUCUCUGAGGAUGGCUUUGUGUCUCUUCUCACUGAAAGCGGUGGCACCAAAGAUGAUCUGAGGCUUCCAACUGAUGAUGCUCUUCUUACUCAGAUUAAAGACGGGUUUAAUGAAGGAAAGGAUCUUAUUCUGUCGGUCAUGUCUGCAAUGGGUGAAGAGCAGAUUUGUGGACUGAAGGACAUCGGGAAGAACUAAUUAUGCAGUUUCAUUCCCAUUCCCAUCCAUCCCGCCUUUGCUAUAGUAAAACUUUUAUAAUUCCGAGGGAAAAACGUUGUUCGCUAAAUUUUAAAUUUGGCCUUUAAAGAUUCAGCUGAGAUGGCUGGAAGUUUGUAUGUUGGAAUUAGACAAGUUCCCCUAAUCCCUUGUAGGGUUCAUCUUGUUAUGGCAGCAGAUUUAAAGAUUAUUGUAACUCUCCAUAGUGUGUUA